CGCGGCGAGACCGGGCGAGGCGGCAGCGCGGGGCCAUGCAGGACGCGGAGAACGUGGCGGCGCCCGAGGCGGCCGAGCAGCGCGCCGAGCCGGGGCCGGAGCAGCCGGCCGCCGAGCCGUCGCCGGGGGCGGAGGUGGCGCGGCCCGGCGUGCAGGAGGCGGCGGGCGGCGAGGACGCGGAGGCGGAGGCCGCGCCCGGGCCUGAGCGGCCGGCCGAGCCCGCGGCCGACGGGGACGAGAGGGCCGACGCGACCCCCGGCGCCACCCCGCCGCCGCCCGAGGAGUCCUCUGCCCCGCUGGCAGGCGAGGCCCGGGCGGAGCAGGCGCAGGACGCGGCGGCCGAGGCCGGGUCCGAGGGGGCGGGCGGGGAGCCGGACGGCGCGGCGGAGGACGGCGGCGCGGACGAGCCCUCCUUCAGCGACCCCGAGGACUUCGUGGACGACGUGAGCGAGGAAGAGUUACUGGGGGAUGUGCUCAAAGACCGGCCGCAGGAAGCAGAUGGAAUUGAUUCCGUGAUUGUGGUCGACAAUGUGCCUCAGGUGGGGCCCGACCGCCUGGAGAAACUCAAAAACGUCAUCCAUAAGAUCUUCUCCAAGUUUGGGAAAAUCACAAACGAUUUCUAUCCAGAGGAGGACGGAAGGACAAAAGGGUAUAUUUUCCUGGAAUACGCUUCCCCCGCCCACGCGUUGGACGCUGUGAAGAAUGCUGAUGGCUACAAGCUCGACAAGCAGCACACGUUCAGGGUCAACCUCUUCACUGAUUUUGACAAGUACAUGACCAUCAGUGAUGAAUGGGAUAUUCCAGAGAAGCAACCUUUCAAAGACCUGGGAAACCUGCGCUACUGGCUUGAAGAGGCUGAGUGCAGAGAUCAGUACAGCGUGAUCUUCGAGAGCGGGGACCGCACUUCCAUAUUCUGGAAUGAUGUGAAGGACCCGGUCUCCAUCGAGGAGAGAGCGCGAUGGACAGAGACAUACGUGCGCUGGUCUCCUAAGGGCACCUACCUGGCCACCUUUCACCAGCGAGGCAUUGCUCUGUGGGGGGGAGAGAAAUUCAAACAGAUUCAGAGAUUCAGCCACCAAGGGGUUCAGCUUAUCGAUUUCUCACCUUGUGAAAGGUACCUGGUGACCUUCAGCCCCCUGAUGGACACUCAGGAUGACCCUCAGGCCAUCAUCAUCUGGGACAUCCUCACCGGGCAGAAGAAGAGAGGUUUCCACUGUGAGAGCUCAGCCCACUGGCCUAUCUUUAAGUGGAGCCACGAUGGUAAAUUUUUUGCCAGAAUGACGCUCGAUACUCUGAGUAUCUAUGAAACUCCUUCGAUGGGCCUCUUGGACAAGAAGAGCUUGAAGAUCUCCGGCAUAAAAGAUUUUUCUUGGUCCCCCGGUGGUAACAUAAUAGCCUUUUGGGUGCCUGAAGAUAAAGAUAUUCCGGCCAGGGUAACCCUGAUGCAGCUGCCCACCAGACAAGAGAUCAGAGUCAGGAACCUCUUCAACGUUGUGGACUGCAAGCUGCACUGGCAGAAGAACGGGGACUACUUGUGUGUGAAAGUAGACAGGACUCCCAAAGGCACCCAGGGUGUUGUCACAAAUUUUGAAAUUUUCCGAAUGAGAGAAAAACAGGUGCCUGUUGACGUGGUCGAGAUGAAAGAAACCAUCAUUGCCUUCGCUUGGGAGCCGAACGGAAGUAAGUUUGCUGUGCUGCACGGGGAGGCGCCUCGGAUAUCGGUCUCCUUCUAUCACGUGAAGAGCAACGGGAAGAUUGAGCUCAUCAAGAUGUUCGACAAGCAGCAGGCCAACACCAUCUUCUGGAGCCCCCAGGGGCAGUUCGUCGUGCUGGCUGGCCUGCGGAGCAUGAACGGCGCCCUGGCGUUUGUCGACACCUCGGACUGCACGGUCAUGAACAUCGCUGAGCACUACAUGGCCUCCGACGUGGAGUGGGACCCCACUGGGCGCUACGUCGUCACCUCCGUGUCCUGGUGGAGCCACAAGGUGGACAACGCCUACUGGCUGUGGACCUUCCAAGGCCGCCUUCUGCAGAAGAACAGCAAGGACCGCUUCUGCCAGCUGCUCUGGAGGCCUCGGCCCCCCACGCUCCUGAGCCAGGAUCAGAUCAAGCAAAUUAAAAAGGAUCUGAAGAAAUACUCCAAGAUCUUUGAACAGAAGGAUCGUUUGAGCCAGUCCAAAGCCUCAAAGGAGUUAGUGGAGAGAAGACGGACCAUGAUGGAGGAUUUCCGGAAAUACCGGAAAAUGGCUCAGGAGCUCUACAUGGAGCAGAAAAAUGCGCGGCUAGAGUUACGAGGAGGCGUGGACACCGACGAGCUGGACAGCAACGUAGACGACUGGGAGGAGGAGACCAUCGAGUUCUUCGUCACCGAAGAGAUUAUUCCCCUUGGCAAUCAGGAGUGAUCCGGGAGCACUGUGUCGCGCGCUGUGCUGGGCCGAGCUCGCCCUUUGCAGAAAGCCUGCACGCCCCGAGUUUCCGCCUGUGCUCUGUUGCUCUGGCCCGAGGCUGCGCCUGGAAGUCGCCAUCUCCACACGUCGCUGUGCCUUUCAGCCCCCGGCGUCUACUGCAGCGGAGGCGUGGCGGCGCUGCCCCUGGGGGACCCCACGCGCCACAGACGGUGCCUGCACAGCCACUCGGGCCCCUCAGGCUCCCUGGCUGACAGCAGGGGAGCCGCUCGGGGCACCAGUGCGCCCCCUGCCAUUCAGGUUGUGACAGGUUCUCUCAACAGGCUGAACGCGGAAAUAAAGCAAAUGUGUGUGAAAAAGCCGUCUCUCUCCUCUUUGAACGUAGACAGCGGCCGUGACCUGGGUGCCUCUUCUGUCUGCAGCUGCAGUAGCAGCUGCCUUGGGCCCGUGGCCAGCACUGCACUCGAGGGCCGCCAGCCCCCCGGGGUCCACUCCUCCUCAGCUGAGCUCUGGGAGGUGGUGCCUCAACCCAGACAGUUUCUUCUUCCUGUUUCGCUUCCUGCGCUUGCCAGCCCACCUGAUGAGAAGGAGCCCUUUAGCCUUUUCCUCAGUCACGCAGGUGUGAAGACUUACACUGUCAGUUGUCACGGGGUCCUGUUUGAAUGUCUAACUCUCCCCUCCCAGGAGGGGCUGAGCAAAUCCAUGUAACUCGCCCGUUGUCACUGCAGUGUCUUGCUGUCCUUGGUGCCUUGUGAAACGGCAGUUCUUCCGCAUCUGUCUUUCUCCCAGAACCUGAAGUUUAGUUUAAAAGGCAGUGAAGCCUGGAAUUCACAGCCGUGACCGGUACUGUGUGCAGACCUAAGACACCCUGGGGGGCCAGGGACAGGCAGCCGUCGGCCCCGUGGCUCAGCUGGCUGGCGCGAAGUGGUCCCUAGCCCACCGGAACCCCAGGGGCCCCCAGGCUGGCAGGCCGCCCGCCCCCGCCUGGCCUCCCCCGUGCGCCAGGCGCUGCAGGCUCCUCUCCAGAGCCCAUGCUUUCUCCGAGCGCCGCUGCCUCCAGCUCCUCACCCCUCUGAGAAUCACCGUGGUUCUUGUGUCCCGUCCUGUUCCUCAGGCCUCGCUGUGUCCUAAUUUCAUGGCCCUAGGAAGGAACACGCACACGGUUCUAUCAUUUUAACAGAUUUUUAACAGCUUUUAAAUAACUAAGUUUUCACUGUUUUAAACUGGCUAGUUGUAACUUUUACAUAGUUUGUGAAUAAAGAUUUCUUAAGCA